AUUUGUAGGCAUUGAAUAAAGACUACUCUAAAAUGUCAAGCAAGAAGAAAGUGCAGCCUACACUCUCACGUUUUUUUACAACUAAAUCUACCAAGAAAGUCGAUGACACGUCAAAGUCGAAUGGAGGAUCGGAUAUCAUUUCAACAGACUCUCUUGCUGGUAAGCGACCUCGUUCCAUAGGGGAGGAUGAGGACUUCCAGCAGAAUUCACCCAAACAGCUGAAAUUAGAUGGCAAAGUUCUUCACGAUUCAGACAGCAGAGACAUCCCUCCACUUUCAGCUGGUACUCUCCAGAAGCUCAAUGCCUUUGCCCUUGCAUCAAGCCAUGCAGAGUCAGAGAGUAGACAUGGGAUGCAUGGGGAUACCAACAAACCCCCACUUUCACCUUCAAAUAUUUCGAGCCCUCUAUGCCUUGCCGGAGAGACUGAAGGUCCACGCUCACCCGUGGGUCCAAAAUCAGAAACUAUUCAGAAAGAAUCUAGGACAUCAACUCCUGCAACUUCAAUAUCUAGUGAUCCUAGGACUCCAUCAAACGGUGCUCAGGUUACUCGGUGCAAAGGAUCGCCAAAGUUAACAGCUCUCAAAAACAAGUUCUCUCGGCACUCAGGCAGUUCAACAAUCUCGUCUCCAAGAGUGUCGUCAACAGGGUUCUCAGACAAUGUCAGUGGAAAAACUUCAAGAGUAAAAAAGUCACAGUAUACCCCUCUGGAGCAGCAGUUCAUGAAGAUCAAGGAGAGCUAUACAGACACUGUCCUUCUUGUGGAAUGUGGAUACCGGUAUCGCUUCUUUGGGGAAGAUGCUGAGAUCGCAUCCAGAGAUCUCAACAUCUUUUGUCAUCUGGACCACAACUUCAUGACAGCCAGCAUACCAACGCAUCGUCUCUUUGUGCACGUCCGUCGCUUGGUUGCCAAGGGACACAAGGUGGGCGUGGUCAAACAGAUGGAGACUGCUGCUCUCAAGGCUGCCGGUGACAACAAGGGUCAGCCCUUCGAGAGAAAGCUGACCGCUCUGUACACCAAGUCAACAUUGAUUGGUGAAGAUCUGGAGCCGUCCAGUCAGAAUGGGCAGUAUGCAGAGGAACAGCCAGCCUUCUCAUCAUCUCCCACAAGUUAUCUCCUGUGUGUAUGUGAGCUCCCCAAAGAAGGAUCCAAAAGCCCAAAGAAAGAUCAUAUUCAGAUUGGACUUGCAGCAGUUCAACCAGCUACGGGGGAUGUCAUCUAUGAUAGUUUCCAUGACAACGGUCAUCUGAGUGAGCUCGAUACCAGGCUGCAUCACAUUCAGCCUGUAGAGCUGCUCCUGCCUGAAACCUUGUCAGACAAAACAGAGAAACUACUCAAGGACUUCAGGAUGAGCUCCCAAACUGAAGAUCGCAUCAGAAUAGAGCGAUUACCAGCCGAUGUUUUCCAGUAUACUAGUGCAGUAGAAGAAGUCUCAUCUUUCUAUGGCAACCAAACAGAAACCCAAUCAGCAAAGACUGGAGUUCUUCAAUCGGUCUUGAGUUUACCCAAGCCUGUGAUCUGUUGUUUAGCUGCUUUGCUGAAGUACUUGAAAGAAUUCAAUCUUCAUAGGAUUCUGCAGGCUACAAGCAACAUGAGAGCAUUCAACUCUUCACAGGAUACAUUGAGAUUAGAUGCAUGUGCCUUCCGCAAUCUAGAAAUAUUUCAGAACCAAGUUGACGGCAGUGAGAAAGGGACACUGCUAUGGGUGCUCAACCACACCAAGACACGCUAUGGAAAGAGACAGCUCAUGAAGUGGUUAUCUCAACCUCUUACAGAUGUUCAGGACAUAGAAUCAAGACUUGAGGCUGUAACAGAGCUACUAGACUCUGAUUCUUCAUCGCUAGACAAGCUCUGUCAAGUUCUCUCCAGGUCGCCUGAUGUUGAAAGAGGGUUAUGCUCCAUCUACCACAAGAAGUGUUCUCCAGCUGAAUUUGUCACAGUGACAAGAGCCCUGUCUAGGCUGAGCUUGACGGUAAAGACCUUGCGCGAGUCUGUUGAUAUCAAAUCGGUUCUGCUCAAAGACAUCCUCAUCCAGAUGCCAUCGCUCUUGGAAGGAAUUGAUUCUUUCCUAGCUUCCAUCAACGAGAAAGCAGUCAGGGAUGGCGAUAAGACCAAGCUGUUUGCCGACCCUUCUCAGUUCCCAUCGGUCCACCAAUGCAUGCAAGACAUUGAAGCAGUCAAGAGCAAGAUGGCUGAACACAGGCAGAGACUACGGAAAGAGGUUGCCAUGCCAACAGCCGACUAUGUGACGGUAUCUGGAAAUGAGUAUAUGAUUGAAGUCAAGAACAGCCAAGUCAAGAAGGUGCCCAAGGAUUGGCUCCAAAUCAGUGGUACAAAGCAAGUAUCAAGGUACCGGCCACCCUACGUUGAAGAAAGUUUCAAGAGGCUUUGCCAACUCAGGGAGCAGCUAGCGGCCGACUGUCAGAAUGCAUGGCUAGAAUUCUUAGAGUCCUUUGGAGAGAAUUAUUUCUCAUACCGCCGAGCAGUACAGCAUCUGGCAAGCUUUGAUUGUCUCCUCUCCUUGGCAACCGUAUCUAAGCAAGAUGGAUAUUGCAGACCGACUAUCCACGAUGGCCCUUGCAAGAUUGACAUUAAAGGGGGGCGUCACCCCGUAGUGAGCACGCUGAAGGCCGAUGGGGAUCAGUAUGUGCCUAAUGAUACUUCUAUCAAUGUGGAUGGGUUAAACUGUAUGAUCAUCACCGGUCCUAACAUGGGAGGAAAGAGCUCUUACAUCAAACAGGUGGCUCUGAUCACCAUCAUGGCUCAGCUUGGUUCCUAUGUUCCUGCUGAGAGCGCAUCCAUAGGAGCUGUAGAUGCCAUCUUUACCAGGAUGGGAGCUUCUGAUGACAUCUUCAGGAAUCGCAGCACCUUCAUGUCCGAGCUCCUGGAGGCGUCGGACAUCAUGGCUAAGGCCACCUGCCGCAGUCUGGUCAUCAUGGAUGAACUAGGGAGGGGCACCAGCACGCACGAUGGCGUAGCUAUCGCCUUUGCAACGGCAAGGCAUCUUAUCGAAGAGGUAAAGUGCUUGACCCUGUUUGUGACCCACUACCCACCUCUUGCUGAGCUGAGUGAUCACUAUCCUACUCAAGUUGGCAACUUCCACAUGUCUUUUCUCUUGCAUGAUGCAGAGGAUGAGGAUCCUGUAGAGAAACUGACCUUCCUCUAUCAGCUUGUCGACGGUGUGGCAGGCAGAAGCUAUGGACUCAACGUGGCCAGGCUUGCAGACAUACCAGACGCCAUCUUGGAAAAGGCAUCGAGCAAGUCACAUGACCUUGAAAAGUCUGUGACUGUGAUGAGAUCUGCCAAAGAACACUUCACAAACCUGUGGAGGAAACUGUCAUCCGAUCCUGUUGGACCAUGUGAUGUUAAACAGGUUUUGGCCUCACUCAAUUAAAUCUGAUUAAUGGAGAGACAAUAAACAAAUUUAUGGAUCUUUCUUUCCGGGGGACCUAGUGAUGAGUUAUUCCCUUAACCUGGUAUUAAUGAAUGAACUACUAUAUUUGGAAUCCAGUGUGCAUACAUUACUUGCUGCUAUGUCGAUCGAGCCUCUGACAAGCUUACAUGUUGUCAUAAACAACAUUUCUACAACAUCGGUCUAUUGCAUGCUGGGACAAGUUCCAAAUGGUUACAAGAGUACUCAUUAGUAACAGUAGAGGGCUACGUCGCAGUUGUAUUUUACAUAUACUGUGGUAUACUAUUCUUGACAGUACUGUGUGUACCGGGUGACCACUGUAUUAGUCUAUGGGAAUGAAUGAACUCAGUAGUCAAUGGGGUAAUUGAGCGAGGCAGAAUUAUCUUUGCGUGAGAUCUACUUUGUCGUUACAAUCAAAACAGGGAAUAAAAAAUAGGAAAAUGCGAACUGAAUCCUCCUCCCACAAAUGAAUGUGUUUUUAUCAUGUUCAUAGUGAUGUUAGCAAAAGUGUGAGUCAUUUUCAGUGACAGACCAACUUGAAAUUGAAAUAAUCAGUAUUCAGUUAACGUGUAACACUGAUCUAUUUACACUCAUUUGUAUGGAGGAAAAUCUCAUUUUCAAAGACAGAAUGCGUGUUCUCAUUGUAUGAAAGUAAACAGAAGUAAGGGUGUGAACAUGUCAAUCAAGUACUAAUGUAUUAUGAAUGAACAGCCAGUAUAUGAACUCAAACAUAAGAUUGAGUUCUCUUAACCCUAUUUAGCCCGGGGGGGGGGGGGGGCUUUAGAA